GCGUUGGCCUCGGGGCUUCGCAGGGCGCCGGCUGCUUCGCCGUCGGCUGGGAGCAGGAGCGGCUACUCGCGCCGGUGGACGAGGCCGUGCACCUCUUCGACCUGCAGAGCGGCGAGCGCCUGUGGACCCUCGAGGGUCACAGCGAGCCCGUUCGGUUCGUCACCAUGGCCUGGGACCAGAUGCGCGCUCUCAGCGUCGCUCAGGACAACGUUGUGAAAGUGUGGGACUUGCAGAGCCGCGAGUGCAUCUUCACCCUGGCAAGAUCAAACCUCGAGCCGAUCCGGACGGUGCGAGUGAGGUGGGAGUCGAUGCAGGCCAUGGCGGUUCUCUACGAUGGUACCGUGGCGAUCUGGGACUUCCAGGAUGCCGACGCCAACUUUGCCACGGUGCCGCUAGGUCGCACUGUGAGGGCGGCGGCGGUGCUAUAG